AUGGCUUUCAACUUGACGUAUCGCGGUCGUUAUAUCGUGGCCGAGAAGCGCUAUGUGGUGAAGCCACGGACUGCAGACAUAAAUGAAAACGUGCUGUCGGAGCAGUGCCGGAACGACUUCGGACUCACGGAGGAGCAGGUGAAACGUGGCGAGUUGCUGGAAACCGUUCUGGAACAGUCUGAAAAUUACAAAAAACCUGGUCAUCGCCUGAUGAUCGCAAGUCCGAGGCGAAGGCAUCUCGGAGGAGUGGCGAUUGUAGCAGUGUUGUGGGGCGAGCGGUUGUCGGGCUGGGGCGUGGGAUUGCGCGCGUGGGACUCUCGGUCCCUCGACAACGACGGUGUCGUGUCGAAAGGGGUCCAUCUGUUUUAUCGUCGCGAGUGGCAGAUAACGCCGCGUCCGCGUUCCCAGUUGCUCCAAGGCAGGCUGGGGAACACAAGAGCCGAGCCACGUGUGCGCCGGCGAAACAAUGCAAGUCGACUCGGCAACCAACCGGUGCCCCACGGCGCUCGUUAG